AUGCCCACCGUGGACGACAUACUGGAGCAGGUUGGGGAGUUCGGCUGCUUCCAGAAGCAAGCCUUCCUUACCCUGUGCCUGCUCUCUCUAGUCUUCGCCCCCAUCUAUGUGGGCAUCGUCUUCCUGGGCUUCACUCCCGACCACCGCUGCCUGAGCCCCGGGGUGGCUGAGCUGAGCCAUCGCUGUGGCUGGAGCCUGGCCGAGGAGCUCAACUACACGGUGCCGGGCCUGGGGGCUGCAGAUGAAGCCUUCCUCCGCCAGUGCCGGCGGUAUGAGGUGGACUGGAACCAGAGCACCCUUAGCUGCCAGGACCCGCUGGCUGGUCUGGCCGCCAAUAGGAGCCACCUGCCGCUGGGCCCCUGUCGUGACGGCUGGGUAUACGACACACCCGGCUCCUCCAUUGUCACCGAGUUUGACCUGGUGUGUGCUGACGCCUGGAAGGUGGACCUCUUCCAGUCCUGUGUGAACGCGGGCUUCUUCCUCGGCUCUCUGGUCAUUGGCUACGUUGCAGACAGGUUUGGCCGGAAGCUGUGUCUACUGGUGACUGCCCUGGUCAAUGCCCUGGCAGGUGUGCUCAUGGCCCUGGCACCAGACUACACAUCCAUGCUUCUGUUCCGCCUACUGCAGGGGCUGGUCAGCAAGGGCACCUGGAUGGCUGGCUACACCCUGAUUACAGAAUUUGUCGGCUUGGGCUCCAGAAGAACGGUGGCGAUCCUGUACCAGAUGGCCUACACUGUGGGGCUGGUGGCCCUCCCCGGGGUGGCCUUUGCCAUCCCCCACUGGCGCUGGCUCCAGCUGGCCGUCUCCCUGCCCACCUUCCUCUCCCUGCUCUACUACUGGUGUGUGCCCGAGUCCCCCCGGUGGCUGUUAUCGCAAAAGAGAAACACUCAAGCGAUAAAGAUCAUGAACCAUAUAGCUCAAAAGAAUGGGAAACUGCCUCCAGCAGAUUUAAAGUUGCUCUCUCUUGAAGAGGACGUUACCGAAAAGCGGAGCCCUUCGUUUGCAGACCUGUUCCGCACGCCGCACCUGAGGAAGCACACCUUCGUCCUCAUGUACCUCUGGUUCACGGUCGCGGUGCUCUAUCAGGGCCUCAUCAUGCACAUGGGCACCACCAGCGAGAACCUCCAUCUGGAUUUCUUUUACUCUGCUCUGAUGGAAUUCCCCGCGGCCUUUGUCGUCCUUGUCACCAUUGACCGCGUCGGCCGUCUUUACCCGAUGGCCACGGCAUAUCUGGUGGCAGGGGCAGCCUGCUUCAUCAUGACUUUUAUCUCACAUGACCUGCACUGGGUAAAUACCGUAAUAGCUUGCAUUGGCCGAUUGGGAAUCACCGUCGUGGUCCAGAUGAUCUGCCUGGUGAAUGCUGAGCUGUAUCCCACGUUCAUCAGGAGCCUUGGAGUGAUGGUGUGCUCCUCCCUGUGUGACGUGGGUGGCAUCAUCACCCCCUUCCUGGUCUUCAGGCUGAUGGAGAUUUGGCAAGGCCUGCCCCUGGUUUUGUUUGGAGUGCUGGGCCUGGUUGCAGGGGGAAUGACGCUGCUUCUUCCGGAGACCAAGGGGAAGGCUUUGCCAGAGACCAUCAAGGAUGCGGAGAACCUGCGGAGGAAAGCAAAGCCCAAAGAAAAAAAGAAUCACCUUCAGAUCCAAACAUCAGAACUCAGGGGCACCUGA